AUGUCUACAAGUAGAUCUCCAUCACGAACACCUACGCCGAGCUCUGCGCCACUUACUGCACCCUCGCUCAAUAUGCUGCAACAUAGCUUAUCGGAACCUAACAUUAACGCCGAAAAAUCAGAAAAAUGUGUUGAAUAUGACCACCAAAACGUUACACAAAGAAGUAAACGCAAGUGUUUGGAGUCAGGAACUGCUCAGGAGAGUGAAAUAUCAAUUUUUAUGUCAGAAAUGAAAACCAUGUUUACUGAAUUUAAAGAACAGCAAAACAAAAAGAUUGAGAAAAUUUAUGAAUCCAUUGAGGAGAUAAAAACCCAAAACACCAAUAUUCAAUCUACUGUAACUUUUCUUUCUCAGGAUUAUGACGCAUUGAAAACACAAAUAAGUCAACUAGAAAUGCAACUCGAAUCUGAGAGGAAGAACAAUUCUAUUGUUAUAAAAAGCUUGGAAGACAAAAUAGAAAAACUUGAAAGAGGCACUAGGUCCGCUUGUGUAGAAUUCAAGAACAUACCUGCUAAUACCCAGGAAUCAAAAGAAAAAUUGAUGGAUAUUGUUAUCAAGACCGGUUCUGUAAUCAAUGUACCAAUACAGCGCCACGAGAUUAAAGACGUCUACCGCAUAGGUUCCACUGAAAAAAAUAACAGGCCGGUGAUUAUUGAAUUUACUACCAACAUCUUAAAAGAACAAUUUAUUCGAAUGUAUAGAAAAUUCAAUAAAGACACAAAAAACAGACUGUCGACAGAGCACUUGAAAAUAAGCGGUCCACCUAAUCCUCUAUUUCUAUCUGAAUAUUUAACUCCGAAAAUGCGAAGACUGUUCUUUUUGGCCAGAGAUUUUGCAAGCAGUAACGAAUACCAGUACUGUUGGGUCACAAAUGGUAAAAUAUACCUACGCGAAAAACAAGGAUCACCACAUAUUUUAAUUAAAGACGAAUUGGAUUUCCCUAAAAAAUGA